AAUGAUUCUGAAAUCAGACAAACUGCCGGGGAUGCUGCGAAGGUCCAACCACAGUCCCUACGUGAGGCGAGUGGCAUGGAUCCGAGACAUACAAAAGCUGCUCCGUGAUCGCAGGAUAGAUCAAGCAACCGACGUGCUCAAACUAUUGAGGAAGGAUCUGGGCUUGGAAGGCACAUCCCUCAAUGACAUCUUAUAUAAGAACGCUGCUUUUCUCAACCUGGUGGACCCCAUCUCCCAUGAGUUGUUGCUCAGCCUGGCUCGUGAGAUGCAGUGUCCCAAGAAGAAGGAUGCUGACACCAUCAAGUCGUCAGAUAAGAUUUGCAGACAGCUGAUCUACCACCUGACCCCUCACUCCAAGUGGCUCAGACAGAGCAUGUCCAGACGGAAGUCCCAGGCCUGGUGAGCCCCUCCGUCUUGCCAUAAGUCUUUUACACAUUGAGCCACUGCUCCAUGAACCCUGACUCCCCAAACUGCCCAAAUUUUAACACCUCCAUUUGAAAUGGUGCCAGUGCCACACCCAGACAUCUGACCACCACCCUAGACAUCAUCUAAGUGGGUUUUGAGUGGGUUUGGCUGACAUUCACUAGGGCUGGGACACAGCGGCCUCUGGAAUGGCAGGGCAGGACCAUAGAUGCAACUAGAAGUGUCAGUCAUUCCUCCGUGUGGUGCUGCUGUCACCACAGCAAUGAAUUGUGCAAUGGUUUCAGUCCUCUUUGACUCAGAACAGGCUGUCUCCAUACAGACUACAAAAGUGGUCAGUUUGGUUGGGAGGAAAUAGAGGGGUUGUAUAAAAAUAAAAUCCAUUGGCACCUUAGAUGAAAACAGGUUAUUUAUAUCAACCAGUUUUCUUGUCAUCAUACUGCAUUAAUGUGCAAAUAAUUCAUAUGGAAAUAGGUGGCAAAUGAAUUGAC